GCAUUUUUACUCUCUCUCUCUCUCUCUCUCUCUCUCUCUUUUUUGGUUUAAAUUUAAAUUUUCGAAAUAUAUAAAUUGAUUCAAGUAAUUUUGGCGUUUUCCUCAUGACCCCACUGAACACUCUCUCUAUGCCUACUGUUUAUCAAUCCAUUUUGUUUCCUUCAUAGGAAAGCCAUUGGAAGAACUCUCUUUCUCUCUGUUCCAUCGCUGUAUCUCUCUCUGAGCCUUCAAUCUCUCUUCCAGUUUUAUGGAUGGAAAGAAAUUGGAGAAAAGAAAAGAAGGAAGAAGAUUAUUAAGCUUCUCGACUGGACAAAGAUGCCCUGUCUUGAUUCCUUGCACACUUUGAAUAAUUUAGCAUCAUUCUAACUUUACAGUCCAUAAUGCUUGAUGGUGAAAGCUUAAGUUCCUAGAAAUGUUUAUGAUGAUUGCUUCAAUUCUUUGGUUAUAUUAAAAGAAUAAAGGGAAAGGUUCAAGGCUGGAUUUCAACUAGUGUGCUCAAUUAGAAUACUGAAAAUGGAUACAGUUACCUCACAGACUGCAUGCUAUGAUACUGAAACUAGGGACUUGAAGAUGUUGCUUGAAGUUUUCGGCUCUAUGUGUUCCCUUGAAGACAUUAGCUCUGCAUACUGUGAGGCAUUGCGGAACAUAGAUGGAGCUAGUGAAAUUCUUUGUGCUUUGCACGGAAAAACUUCUGGUGGUGCUGGUUGUUCAUCAAUGGAUAAACUUGAGGGUGCAAUUGCAGCAUCUUCACUAGAUCUAUCAUCUGAACUAGACAGGACAAGUGAAAUGCAAUCCAGAUUGUCAUCUGACAAUGUUCUUCAAAAGCCUUUUAAUGGAGAAGGAAGUACCAGAGCAUCAAAGUCAAAAGCAAUUCCUGUAUCAGUGGGUACAGUUUCAGGUGUCAUUGGAAAGGAGUACAUUAGGCCCAGAUCAUCAAAGAAUCAAUCUAAAGAUGCGACAAAACCAUUAAAAUUAGAUUCCAAUCAAUUCUCUGUCUCCCAGGUAUGGAAUGAGGAAGUGCAAAUGGAAAAGAACAGCAAAAUGCACACUGUUGUUGAAGAAUUUCUGUUUAGAAUGCUUUCUGAUGGCUUUCAAUUUGAUAUGACUGUAAUCAGAGAAGUUCUUGGCACUUGUGGAUAUGAUGUGCAAAAGAGCAUGGACAAGCUCUUUUCAAUGUCAGCUUCAACAUUGAAUAAGUGUGAAGAUGAUGUUGGGUUAGUUGCUAAAAAAGCUACAGGGAAACUUCAAGAUGAAUACCAUUCCUUGUGUGGUGGAGUUGCAAGUAAGACAGGGAAUUUAACUGAAUCUCCCAAAAGAGACAACAAUAGACUUGAUCUACAGAAAGAGGUUUUAGAAUCAUUGUUUCAUGCUUCUGAAAGAUCUGAAGAGGCACCCAAAAGAACCAUACCAGUGAGGAAAGUGAGACCAAGAGCAUCUGGCAAACUGGUGGUUGCACCUUUAGGUGACAGUAGUACGAAAGAAAAGACUGUUUCCGUUAAACCACAAGAAGUGGCUAGAGAUGAAGAUGAAGAUUAUGAGAAUAGCUAUGAGUUUCUACGUAAAGCUGUGAAGGAAUACUGGAAUACAAUGAAAGAGUACUAUAAAUCUGCUUUUGAUGCAUUUGUCAAGGAUGAUUAUGAACUUGCAGAAAAACUUCUGGAGAAGGGACAUUUUUUCAACAGAAAGGCCAGAGAAGCAGAUGAAAAAUCUGCUGAAAAGCUGCUUGAAAAAACGAGAGAUGAUGAAGUGUCUCUUGACUUGCGAUUCCAUGAACCCAAGGAAGCUCUACGUCUUCUAAGGCUUCACUUGACCUCUUUUUCUGGCAUCUUUGAUUUUAAGCAACUUAAGGUAAUAGUGGGAACCGAUGAAGCGGAUACAAAGAAACGAGCUCGCAAACGACUGAUUGUGAAGCAGCUGGAGAAAGAAUCCAUCAAAUGGACUGAGGAAGUGAAUGGGGAGACAAUGUUGAUCCCACUGGAUGUUAUUGACCCCAAACGUUUGAGCUUUUCAAAAAAAUGAGUGAUGGAAUCAUCAGGAGACCACCAUAGAAGAUGUUAAAUCGUUUUGAAAAUAAUAGUAAUUUGGGUAUCACUGUUAGUAGCAAAAAACUUUGUUUUGAUGUGAAGGUUGGCAGAUACUGAAAACAGAUCUACAAUAUAUUUUAGAUCAUUUACCAUUACCAAAAAUAUA